AUGGAAGAAGCAUUGAAAUUGGAUAAAAAAUAUCCAGAAACUCUUAAGGAUGAAUUUAACAUACCUACGUUUAAAUCCAUGGGAAUAUCGUCCGACAAUUCGCCAGUGACGUACUUAUGCGGGAAUUCGUUGGGGUUAAUGCCCAGAUCAACCAGAGAUUCAAUCAUUGCGGAAUUGGAUGCAUGGAGCAACUGUGCUGUGGAGUCGCAUUUUUGUCAUCCUAAAGAAUCCGAGGGCAAGACUCCCUGGGUAAACAUUGACUUACCUAUUCUGCCUUUGUUGGCUCCCAUUGUGGGAGCACAGGAAAAUGAGGUCGCAGCAAUGAACAGUCUUACUACAAAUUUGAAUUCUUUGUUGGUAACUUUUUACAAACCUACCGAGAAAAGAUUUAAAAUUCUUUUUGAAAAGGGUUCAUUUCCAUCUGAUUAUUAUGCGUUUUAUAAUCAAUGUAAAAUACAUGGAAUUUCGGAACCUGAGAAUGUUCUUAUUCAGGUCGAACCACGCAAGGGAGAGACUUAUAUUAGAACACAAGAUAUUUUGCACAUUAUAGAAGAGAACCAGGAUAAAUUAGCUUUAGUUUGUUUACCGGGUGUACAAUAUUAUACAGGGCAAUAUUUUGACAUUGGCCGAAUAACUUCUUUUGCACACCAAUUCCCAGGUAUUUUGGUCGGAUGGGAUUUGGCACAUGCUGUAGGAAACGUUCCAUUACAGCUACACGAUUGGGGUGUUGACUUUGCUUGUUGGUGUUCGUAUAAAUACUUAAAUUCUGGACCCGGCGCUAUUGGUGGCUUAUUUGUUCAUUCGAAGCACACUACACCUGACCCUACUAAAGAACAUUUGCCAAGGUUAGCUGGCUGGUGGGGUAACGAUGCUUCUAAGAGAUUCCAAAUGUUGGAGAAUUUCGAACCAAUUCCAGGAGCAUUGGGAUUUAGACAAUCUAACCCGAGCGUCAUUGAUACGGUCGCAUUGAAGAGUUCAUUGGAAAUUUUUGCUAAGUUUGAUGGUAUCAGUGAAGUCCGCAAAAGAUCCUUGCUAUUGACAAAUUAUAUGGUGGAGUUAUUGGAAGCAUCCAAGUACUACAAGCAUCCUUUUAAGAUGGAGAAAUUACCACACUUCUUUACAUUACUAACUCCAACGGCCAAAGAUGAAGACCAUGGUGCCCAAUUAUCUCUUUACUUUGAUUCAGAUACUGGUGAAGAGGGCAUCAUGUCUAAGGUAUUCCAGUAUUUGCACGAUCAUGGUGUUAUUGGCGAUGCAAGAAGACCCAAUGUGAUCAGGUUGGCACCCGCACCUUUGUAUAAUACAUUUGCAGAUGUAUACAAUGCGGUGAACGCACUAAAUCAGGCAAUGAAUAAAUUGUAG